AUGCACGAGCUUCGCAGAUACAACGUCGGCGGCAUCUUGGACUAUGCUGCAGAAGCAAAAGACGGAGAACUGCCGGAAAUCGUGAAGCCGACGGAAGAAGUCAGUGAGGAGGAGAUUGUCGGAGCACCAAUGAGCAGCCGCAGCUACGACUACAAGAAUGAGGCACUUUGCGAUGCGAAUGCUCAGAUCUUUCGGACAGCUGUUCGUGCAGUGCGAGACGCGACACCAGAUGGCUUUGCUGCGAUCAAGUUGUCUGGCCUGGGGAACCCGCAGCUGCUUGAGCGGAUGUCUACCUGCCUCGGGGAGAUCUGUCGAUUGUACAAACGGCUCUCGCACGACGACGAGGUUUCCGAGCCGUUCUAUGCCAUAGACCGGUCUUUCAAAAUGGAUUUCGAAACCUUUAAGACGGGCUGGCUCAAGAUGUUUGAGGGCAAGACUGAGGCCGAGCUCAAGUCCAUGUUCGAGACGAUGGACGCGGAUGGAGAUGGGCAGAUCAGCUAUCUGGAGUGGUCAUCGAGUGUCAAACUGUCCGAAAUCAACGAGCUUGUGCGAGGGUGCAAGCACCGAGGACGACUGCACCGCGCCGCACUCAACGAAGAGGAGCUCCAGUUGUACAGAAACAUGCUGGAGCGGGUUCGAGGAAUCCUGGAACUGGCCGAGGAACUCGGAGUGCGCGUAAUGAUCGAUGCGGAAUGGACUGACAUCCAGCCUGCAAUCGAUCACAUCACCAUCUUCAUGCAACGGAUAUACAAUGCGGGGGAGCUGCCGAUUGUUUACAAUACGUACCAGACAUACCUCAAGGGUAUGCCCACGAGAGUCCAGCGAGACCUACAAAGAUCCAGGCGAGAAGGCUGGCGCUUCGGAGCCAAGCUUGUGCGUGGUGCGUACAUGGUUUCAGAACGUGAGAAGGCGCUCAAGCGAGAAUUAGAGUCGCCCAUAUGCGAGAGCUACGAGGAGACAGAGGAGAAUUUUCACACGUCCAUCGACUUGAUAUUGGACCAUGGGGAGGAUGGCAAGGGCCCAGGUGGUGCGCCAGCAGAGGUGCUGGUGGCAUCUCACAAUCGCGGUUCCAUCGAGCGGACAAUCCGCAAGAUGGCAGAGCUCGGCGUGAGCCAGGAUCGCGUUGGCUUUGGGCAACUUCUGGGAAUGGCCGACCAUCUCACAUUUACGCUGGGGCGCUAUGGCUACAGGGCCUACAAGUAUGUCCCUUAUGGACCCGUUGAUGAAGUCGUGCCAUACCUCAUCCGUCGCACGCAGGAGAAUUCCGCAAUUCUGGGAUCCCCCAGCGUUCAAGAGGAAAGGCACAUGGUGGGACGAGAGGUGGCGCGACGGCUGCGUCCCUUUUAA